CCUCCAUCCCGCGGACGAGUGUAUACAGCCUCUCAAGUUGAGCCCAGACGCACACACACACACAUAACACACACACAGCAAGAGGAGGAUAGUCGGAGGAUAGACACGGGGACGACGGAGCUGCUGCAGGGCGAGCGGAAUUUAAUUUGGAUUUGAUUUAAUUAUAUGAGCCUUAAGUGACAGAGUUAUCUUUUGGUUUGGUUGUUUGAAACCCGCAAACGAAGUCGUGGACUUUUUAAUUCGUUGCGGGAGGUCCACUCUGCUGGUCUGUUUGAACUUUUGAAAAAGAGAAAAGUAUGAGAAAGGAAGAGACGUUGAGGUUUCCUCAGCUUUAGCUGUCCCGUUUGGAUAAAUAAAGCGGAGGAGCGCACCGGUGGAAGAAGCUCAUCACGGGGGGGAAACGGGUUCAGUGCUCGGUUCUGGUUUGAAGCAGACACACCGCAGACUUUUUUGGUUUUGGGGGGUAGGAUUAAAAAAAAGAAGUCAGCCUGCAUCGGAGGUGCCCAUCGGAGGUUUUUCUCUUUUUUUUUUAUUACUGACUCCAGAAGGAUUUAUAGUUUACUCCACACCUCAUCUGUGCGGUGUUUUAGGUCAAGCACAGCGGGAUUAUUAAGAACCGAGAUUACCAAUGACACCGAUGCGGUGGUGAUCUGUCUCGGCGAAAAAAGGAAAGAGAUAAAAAAAUAAAAGAUCCCUUUUUGUCCGUAUUGUGAACAGUUCCGGAGGUUUUUUUUUUUUUAACCUACAGGAGAGAUGGAGACUGUGUGGAGAAAGGGUGGCGCGCCGGUGGGUUGUUGCCUCUGGAAGACAGCGCUUCUUCUUUUCCUGUGGAAAGUGUCUGACAGCCAAGCAGGAACAGCAGGAGUUGGACCAGGAGGAGGGCCGGACUCCUCCCAGCCCCGUUUCUCCUCCUCCCUCCCCACCUACCUCCCUGUCCAAUGCCAGCUAAGUGGUGCUGACUCCGCGUUCUUCUUGCGGGAAGCCAAUCAGGAGGUUAUGCGAAACGGCAGCCUAUCAUUGCGGACCGAGCCCUUCUUCCUCCACCAACUGGAACCAGGCGUUGCUGCCCCACAAUCCCUGCCGAGCGUCAAUUGCAGCUAUGGAAACCUGAGCAUUGAGCAGCCAAUCCCAGUGGAUCUGCUUCAGAGUCCACCACCGCAUCUGUUGCUAACCACCAACCAGGUGACUCUGAACUGGAAAGUCAAAGGUCAAGUGGUGGUGCCAAAAGUGGGUUCAACACGUCCCUGGAUACAGGUACUUUUUUAUCUAGUAGGGCGGCGUUGGGACGAGCCUGAUCCACCUCCGCCAGGCCUCCUCCCAUGUGUCAGAGCCUUGGCCAUCCGGGACACCAGUGAAACAGCACCCUCGGCAGGCUGCCGCCUCAUGGGCCCAUCUGGCAUCUGUGUUGUCCGUCUGGAGAUUCCCCCAGCUUGGUUUACACCACCACAAGUGAGAAAAAGACCUCCUGAAGUGACUCUGCCAUCAGUGGAUGUGUAUUACUCAAUUAUACCAGUGGAAGGGGCUGGUCAAGAGUGUCCCCCCAUUGUUAAUGAGCCAUGGAGAGCUCAGAGUGCAAAUGUCGGGCCUCUUGGAGGCUUGGGUAUGGGCCUUGGAGGACAGUGGAGCCCUCUCCUAGAUGGGGGUCUUCAGGACAUGCUAAAAGCUGGGUCUGUGGUAAUGACUAUGGGCCCAGUUUCUCCCAAAGGAGAAAGAUUGAGACUGGAUGAAAAUGUGGAGGUUCUGGUGCCACCCAGCCCGGUUCGUCUCGGCAAGACAGUAGCGUUUGGUAUCUACAUGAAGACAGACUCAAACACGGAACAGUUUACAUUGAGGGUGUGGUUCCAGUCAGGCAUCAACUUCCUGGCGGUGAAACCCAGCAACCUCGUCGCGUGGGAGAUCAAACAGGAAAUGGCGCCGGGAAGCAGUUCGUUGGCGGUGAUGUGUCAGAGAAAGGCCUACUCCACUGCGGAGAGAUUGGAAAGCCCAUCAUAUGAGGUGAUGCAGCUGGACUUUGAGGUGGAUAACGUAAUCAACCUGGUGCCGACCCAGACUCUGCACUGGAAUGUCGAGUACCGUGCUGGCAUGCAGACAACUUCCCGGCAAACAGAAAAAGUCUCGCACCUCUACAUCAGCAACACCGACAUACAGGGAAUCGUACCACUGGCUGAGGACACAGAGGUGGUGAACACAGCCAUUCUUACAGGACGGCGUGUUGCAGUGCCCAUCAAACUGGUUACCGUGGAGACCGAUGGGCAGGUGAGGGAGGUUGACGACUCAGUCACCUGCACUUCCACAGAUGUGGACAUCGUAAAGGUUACCCCAAGCUGUGACCAGGUUUUGGUGAAUGGUAAAGAAAUGCGUGGCCGGCAGUCUUUGGCAGUCAACUUCACCUACCUGCACCUUUCUGCUCAGCUGCUGCUCAAUGUCUGGGUGCCCAAGCUACCUCUGCAGAUAGACGUGUCAGAUACUGAGCUCAGCCAGGUUAAAGGCUGGAGGGUACCAAUCAUCACUAACAAAAGACCCACGAGAGACAGUGAAGAUGAUGAUGAUGAUGAGAGGAAAGGCAAGGGCUGCACCCUACAGUACCAGUAUGCCUUGGUGCGAGUCCUCACACAUUUUGUCGCAGAACCCUCUGACCCAGGAGGAGAAAUGGUCUACAUGUUAGGAGCAGACUGGCAAGCUGAUAUCACUCAUUUGGUGUUGGAUCAGCUAAAGGUAGAAGAUUCUCGCAUUGCCAGACUGGUAGACGGACGAAUCUUGAUCGGACGGGACCUGGGGAUCACCACUAUACAGGUUCUAUCCCCGCUGUCUGACUCUAUCCUGGCAGAGAAGACGGUAACUGUGUUGGAUGACAAGGUCACCAUCACAGACCUGGGAGUCCAGCUGGUUGCAUCUCUGUCCCUCAGUAUGUCGGCGAGUUCUGGAAAUUAUCAAGCUAUACAGCUAACGACUGCAGCUACAGACCUGCUACACACACCUAAACAGGAAGCUGUGAUUAGUGCGUGGAUCCAGUACAGUGACGGUUCAGUGACUCCUCUUGAUGUCUAUGAUCCCAAAGACUUCCUCCUCUCAGCUGUGUCAUUGGAUGAGAAUGUCAUCUCCAUAACCAAUCAGGAGCAACACUGGCCUAUCGUAGUAGCAGAGGGAGAUGGUCAAGGAUCACUGGUUCGUGUAGAGAUGGUUAUCUCUGAGACUUGCCAGAAAUCCAAAAGAAAGAGUGUGCUGGCAUCUGGAAUAGGCAAUGUGAUAGUUAAGUUUGGGGCAAAAAGUGAAGAAAGAGGUGUUAUGGGAAGAGGUGGACAGGACGAUGGAGGAGGGAUGGACAACAGCACCAGCGAGCAUCGAACAAAGGAUGGAGAGUGGAAAUCCAACAGUGCAGCAGUGGAUCGAGAGGAAGGAGCCAUGAGGAAGGUUAGCACAACGACCAAGAGCACCGUAACCCAUCGUGCUUCAGGUGGAAAAGCUGCCAGUGGAGGCAGCAGCAGCAGCCGGGGUGGAGGUCCCAGCCAAGCAGGCGACUAUAGUAGCUACCCAGCACAAGUGGAGGUACCAGGCACUGGCGAUAGUGAGCUGACGCAGACCACUAGAGGACUGUCGGAUUUGGAGAUUGGGAUGUAUGCCCUCUUGGGUGUAUUCUGUCUGGCCAUACUGGUCUUCCUCAUCAACUGUGUCAGCUUUGCUUUCAGAUACCGUCACAAGCAGGUCCCUGUGCUGGAGGCAGGAGGUAACAUGAACCACGCCCAUGACUGGGUGUGGCUUGGCAACGAAGCCGACCUUUUAGCCGACCACUCUGACCAGUGCCACGGUGGGCUGCCUGAUGAGUGCACCACCAUCAUAGACCGUAAUGAAGGAGGAUAUGAAGAGAACAAAUACCUGCUGAACGGUGCUGGUAACACCUUGGUGAUGGGCGUGGGCACAGGCAUGGGCACCAUUAGUGGGAGUGGUGGCACAGGUGGACACCGAGGUGUCACCCACGGACAAACCUUGCCUAGAUCUGUUCCAGAACCGCAUCAGUGCCUUUCAGCAAUCACUACAGGUGGCAAAAAUGCCACUGGCCAAGCAGAGCAUCUGAAUAAUUCACCCCGAGCCACGACUGCAGCUGCAGUUGCAGCCGCCAAACGCAAACGCGUCCAGUUCACAUCUUUUGCCACUGUUCUGCCCAAUGAUAAUUCAGGUAGUGGUGGCCCAUAUACCAACUCUUCAGUCUUGGUGACCAAUGGGAGUGAGGAUGACAUCAAGUGGGUGUGCCAGGAUAUGGACCUGGGUCAGUCUGAAAUCAGAACCUACAUGGAGAGGCUACAAGACAAUCUGUGACUGAGGGGAAAGAGACUGAGAAAGGAGGGGCAGAGGAUGAGGGCAGGAGGGGGAGGAAGGACAAUGAGUACAAUUCACCUGUAAUGCCUUUGCGAUGGAUGAAGGGAGGGAGAAUGGAAGGAACAUAAGAACAGUAAAGGGCACACAAAAUGUGGCAACGAGUUUAAAGGAUUAUUGAACAGACAGUGUAGGGGAUGCUUACAUUUAACUCCCCUUAGCCCCUUAGGCUGUGGAAAGCAUACUGUCAUCACUAGCUCACAAUGAAAUCAAUGGUAGCAAACGAUGAAUAACACUUUGAAUUUGUUUUAUAUUAUUUAUUAUAAAAAUAUUAGUGUAAAAAUCAAUUAUAAAGUCACUAUUGGUUAUGAAUGUUUAUUUUCAGAAUACCAGUAAACCAUUGUGCUAUACAGUAAAUUCAGGGUACGUUAUUGGACAAACAUCAUUAAGCCACUGUACAUUUAAACAAUGGUGGCAAAACGUAUUUUUUACUCACAUGCCAUCUUGCCAGCAGUGGAUGUGGCUGUUGAUUAAAUAUUGAUAUCUAGUUUUUAUUUACAAACCUGCCAAGUCUGUUGAAUUGUUAUAUAAGUCACUGAUUUCUGAAGAAUAGGUGCGCAUCAGAGGUACAAUAUGUUUGUUUUUGUUCUAUCAUGUGACCCAUUUGCAUUGCUCAUAAGUAAAAUGUAACAUGUACAAAAAAUAUAUAUAUAUAUAUUCCAAGUACUCAAUUAUAAAUUCAGGCACCAGUGGGAGUUGCCAAUCAGCACUGGAUACAGGUGAUCUUGGUCUUUCCUCAAACAACAUAAUGUGUCAAGAGGUGGAAAAUGAUACACAGAAAGACUGUUUCUCCCUUGGAUCCAAGACAGAGGCAUUUAAACUUGCACAAUUACAAACAGGAAAGGACAUUGGCCAUAUUUGAGGCUUACUUCCUGUUUCCUGAAACCUUCCAGCCAAUGACGGCUUUCCCCCAGUAUUCAGAACCAAUCCUGUCAUUCCCUGGCUCUUCUUCUUGUCUGUGAUUGGACAGCAGUAGUAACUUUGUGAACUUCAGUACACAGUGAAAUACUGUGAAAUACUGUCUGUAAACUAAAGGGGGACCGACUGAGGUGUCUCAUUGAAAAAGGAGGCUGCUUGGGCUUUGCAAAGCCUGACUGAACACUUUGAGGAUUAUUUAAAACUGAAACCAUGUAGGCAACAAGACAGACCAGAAUACCUACAGUGUUACACAUGGAGCUAACAGGACAAACUGAGUGACAUUACAAUACAAGUGAAAAUGGAGUGACACUCACACGAAUAGAUAUGGGUUCAUGAAACAUGUUUGUUCUUGCUGAACAUAAUUAUGUAUUUUUUCUCCUUUUGUUUGUCCUUUUUGAUAAAUAGAAAGUUUUUAUUAUGGUUUUCCUUGUUGCGUUUGUCCUAAUUUGGGAAGAUAUUAAUUGUAGCUUUUUAGGUAUAUUUUUUAGGUAUAUAUGAUUCUUUUUUCUCCUAGAGAUCUAUUUAUUUAAAUUAACAUUUGAGAGGGUGAGGAUGGGAAGAAAGGCCAAGGGCAAUGAUUGAAAACCAUAUACCUGCUGGUGAAUGAUAGCACAUAAGAGAACAAGUGAAAGGAAGGGGACAGAACUGGCAGAGAUUGCCUCACCUUCGUUAAGCUCAGGUGACGAGUCAUGAAGAACCGACAAUAAAAAAGGAGAACUGUAAGAUUGUUAAGAUUGCAAUAUUUAUUUAUAAAUGUGUUACUGUUUCAGAGUACACUGUAUGUUGUAGAUAAAUAAACAUGCUUCAAAGUGCUUGUGAAUAAGA